CGGAUUGCUACAAUAAUGAAGCUCCUCCUACUGCCACUGUUGGUAUUGGUCCUCCUUAGCCUGGCCGAGGGAAGGCGGAAGAAGAGGGAAAUCGAGGUUUGGGUGCGCCCAGAUCAGAAAGAGAGAGAAAGGGAAAAUGGUUGUCCAUAUGGCAGCUGUACACAGUGAGAAGAAAAAAACUGCACUACGGCCUCUCUAAAAGAAUUUUGUAGUUUGUGUUGAUCACACUCAGCUUAUUGCAGCGGAAUAAUAAAAUUACUGCUGGCCAUUAAA